GAAAAAAUGGACACCGGAGGAAAAAGCCAGGGCAAGGAAGGCACAAUGGCGAAGAGCUGUGGAGAGACGCCUGUUGCAGGUUUUGCUGCUGAGAGCAGCAGUCAGUUAGUGCGGCCACUUGAGUCACAGCUUGUUGAUCCUGAGGAGGCAAAACUAGAAAGUGAGGUUCAGAAAGGAGGCCCUGUGCACGAGGAGGAGGAGGGCAUGAAGCAGUGCCAGUUGCCCACAGCCACAUCUGCAGAACAGCAAGGACCAUGGUUUGGCUUUGAGAAAGCUUGUACAUUUGUGAGCCAGAGUGGGGAAAAUGUUGUUGUACGAUGCAAUUACUGCCUUCCAAGGAUCAAAAAUCUGAGAUCAGCUGUUUCCCCCUCAUCCAAUGUGAAGAAACAUUUUGAGAGGGCACACCCUGAGAAGCUGAGAGCAAUUGAAGAAGCAAUAAAGGCAAGGAGACGUGGCCUUCCUGAACCAAUGCAUGACACCCCUCCUCCCAAAAUGCUGAAGCAGCAGCAGACAACCCUUGAGAGGUGGGGAUCUGGCAGGGAUCUGCUUCUUCUGGCAGCCUGCGUACACCCUCACUUCAAACUAGAUUGGCUGGAAUCGUGUCAGGCCACCACCCAUACCAACAAGUAAGAACAUUAGGGAAGCCCUUUGGGUGGAUUACUCCAAGGGAAAUGUUGUC